UUAUUGGUAGUGAGAUAAAUUUGUAUAAAAAUUUUGUUUCUUGUUGUCUUCGUUAUAAUCAACGUACAUAUUCGUUGCCGUCGUUUUGAGUAGAUAUUCAUGUUUUUUUACAAGUUAAAUUUCAAAUUUUUAUCUCUACAAGUACUUGAACAGAGUUUUCGUUGGUAUUUCUUAAAAGGUAGAUGUUCGUUAAUCUGAAUUCUGUUCAUUUUUGUUUUUUAUAAUAUUACCUACUUUUGAAUAAUCAUUUGCGAGUUUAUUUUGCAAAAGAAAAGUGAUCGAGUUACAGCAUUAAUUCCUAAAAUUGUGUUGAACCUGAUUUUUAUUUUUCAGGAUGUUCCAUGCUAAAAAAUAUCAUGCAUAUCACGCGGUGCAAGCUCGAGAUGUUGAUAUGCUUUUACAGGAAUUCAAAUCGAAAAUAAAAUGGAGCAGUAAACAGAAAAUUAUUGAUAUUGGCUGUGGUCCUGGAGACACGACGUGCAACUAUUUGUUGCCUUUAAUUCCGAGAGAUGCAGAACUGCUUGCUAUUGAUAUGUCUGAAACGAUGAUAGGCUUGGCAAAAAGUCAAUAUUGGACCGAUCCUCGUUUAAAUUUCGAAGUUCUGGAUGUAACCAAACCAAAAAUUGUUGAAAAAUACGAGUCAAAUUUCGAUACGGUGUUUUCAUUUUAUUGCUUAAACUGGAUACCUGAUCAGCAAAGUGCAAUGAAGAAUAUGUAUUCGGUAUUGAAAUCAGAUGGUGAAAUUUUAGUUAUUCUGGUCGUCGAUUGUCCAAAUUAUCCGCUCCAUGAGCUAUUGGCAGCUUCUCCAAAAUGGUCCCCUUAUAUGGAGAAUUACAGAGAUACUAUAUCACCUUAUCGUUACAGCAAUGACCCUGUAUCUGAUGUUAGAAAUUUAUUUCAAGAUGUAGGUUUUCAUAUUAAGAAUUCUUCUUAUGCAAUGAAAUCUUACACGUUUCCUACAAAAGAAAUUUUCCACAAAUGGAUGGACGGAGUAAACCCAUUCCUGAAAAAUAUUCCACAAAAUGUCUUAGAUGAAUACGAUCGAGCCUGGAAAAAAACAUUAUGGGAUGAGAAAUUAUGUGUCUUACAUGAAACAAACGAAGUCACUUAUGAGUACUCUGUGAUCACGGUUUUCGCUGAAAAAUAAAUUUUAAGAUCUGUAUAAUUAAUACUUGAAACCUACUUAUUGUGUAGCCUACCUACGCCACAUUGGUGGUGAAUGGUGAUUGAUCAUAUUAAAUUUAAUCUACCUACUUCAAAUAAGAAUACCGUUUUUGAAAUUUUUUUACGCUUUUUUUGGAUCAUUUUACACAUUUUUUAAUAAGACCAAAAUUAUAUAAUACAUACCUACUUACCUACUUAACAUCACCUGAAAAAUUUUCAAAAAUUUUUUUUUUCAUUUUUUAUAUAGGUAGGCUAAAUAUUAAAAUUUGAAACCUUGGUGAAAAAAGUGAAGGUUCAAGCCAGAGAUGCAAAAUUUUUCUUGCAAUCUUUUGAGGUCCACCUAUUACUUUUAUCCUUUGACUAUAUCCAAUCCCCUUCUAAUUUUUCAAAAAAAAAGUCAAACGACCCAUUCUAUUGAAUACUUAAAGACAACUCCUCUUAGAGCAUGUAGCUAUACUAUAUGCUCUAAGUGGCCAGUAAACUUGCCGAUUUGUGUUCACACGCAGACAGUAAACUUUCCGAGAGGUCUAAAGUGAUAAACUGAUAACAUCGAUUCUUUCAUUUGUGGUUUAAUUUAGUUUGAACACAAUUUUGAAUUUUAUGCAAGUUAUUCUUCAGAAUAAUUAUGGAUUCAGAGAUCUUAAAUGCUAUGAUUAGAUGUCUGGCGAUGUUAUUAGAACAAGAAGUCAGAAGAUUGCUCUUGAAAGAAAGAAGAAAAAUUCAGAGAAAAGAAUGGGCAAAGCGUAGAAUUGCAAGAAGACGACUGCAGUUCGGUCCUUCUAAUAUCGAGAAAUCCGGAGUAUGAAAAUUGCUUAUUAGGUACCUACAUAUUUUUAUUUUAAUACCGAUCUCCUGUUCAAUUUACUUCACCGCGUCACUGAAUUAUUCGUCGAUGUCGGCAAACCAUCCUGGAAUUACCGCAGUAGUAAUGUCUUAUGUCUACAAUUCAAUCUGAAAGUAGGAAUAAGAUACCGCAAUUUGUGCAAAACCGACGUAAUUCUUACAUUAGGUAGUACAGUGCAUUUAAUUAAUCGUAGGCCGGUAGGCAUGGUAAAUUGUGGAUCUUUUUUGUUUUCAUUCAUUUAUUUUCAUUUUUUCGUUUGUCAUUUGCUAAAAUAAUGAGAAGUUGGACGUUUAAUUUUUUCGUACCACAAGCUUAAUUUCGUGUUUCAGUGAUGUUAUUACUAUACAAUUUUCAACAGGUGAUCUUGUUUCUUGAAAGUUGAAAUAAAAUUUAAUUUAGUAUUCAAA